AUGUUCGAUUUGUACCUAAAGCAACCUUCCCCAAGCAUGUCCUAUUCCAUCUCAGCUACAACUACCUAUUCCGAUUGCACUUUCUACACAAUCACCAUGCGAGGUGUCAACUGGUUAACAGAUGCAGAAAUUGGCUCAGCCUCUUCUUGGUCACACUAUCUACUAAUUUCCAUUCCUAAAACUCUAGAUCGGUCCAUCAAGGAAGGUUUCUUACUAAUCGAAGCAGGAAAAACUGGAAUGGAAAUGCCAACAGGAAAUGCAAUUCUUCAAGCAAUUUCCACAAAUUCGCAAACAGUUUCUUCCAUGUUAUUAUCCGUUCCAAAUCAGCCAAUUGUUUUCGCAUCAGAUAGUUCCAAAACUAGUAGAUCUGAAGAUCAAAUCAUGUCCUUCUCGUGGAUGAAAUUUAUGGAGCGAAUGAAUAAUAACAUGGCCAUGAAUAGAACAGUUUACAAUGUUGAAGAUUAUGAGUGGUUAUCUCAUUUUGCAAUGGCCAAGACAUCAGUUAGAGCGAUGGAUGUGAUUCAGGAUUUUGUGAGUAAGCAAAUUGGAUUUUCUAUUGAAAAAUUUACAAUUGCUGGAACGAGUAAACGUGGUUGGGCUACUUGGUUGGUUGGAGCUAGUAGGGAUUCAAGAAUUAAGAGUUUAAUUCCAAUUGUUAUUCAAAUAAUGAAUUUGAAAGAAUGUUUCCUACAUAUUAACAAAUCAAUUUGUGCUUGGCCAGAAGCUUUGCAAGAUUACAAAAAUUUAGGAGUUUUAAAUCAAUUGAAUACUACUGCAUUUGAUUUAUUGGCACAAGCUGUCGAUCCAUUCAAUUAUAGAGAUAGGUAUACAAAUAUACCAACCUAUAUGAUCAAUGCCAUGGGAGAUGAAUUUAUGUGGCCAGAUUUGAGUUUGUUCAGUUAUCAACAAAUUCCAGGAUUGUCCACAAAAUAUAUUCGUUAUGUGCCUAAUACUGGACACUCUUUAGCUGGAUCUGAUGUUCCCCAAUCAGUCCUUGCUUAUUACUAUGCAACCACGAGAAAUUCACUUCUUCCACAAUAUACUUUCUACAAUGAAACUAUUUCGAAUGGACUCAGAAUUUGGGUUAAGGUUACAAAUGGAAUUAAACCAAGUAAGGUAUUGUUAUGGUACGGAACAAAUACUUAUUCGAGAGAUUUCAGAUACAGUCAUGUUGGAUCCAUCUUUAAUUCCAAGACUUUGACUGAGGUUGACUCAUUGACAUGGAGUGUUGAUGUGGAAAAUCCAAAGAUUGGUUAUACUGCAUUCACUAUUGAAAUGACAUUCACUGGUUAUGGACCAUCUGAAUUGAAAUAUUCCACCAGUGCCUAUGUUCUUCCUUUGGAUAGAUUCAUUUGUGCUGGAGCAAACACUGUUUCAUUCUCGUUCAUUUCAUUGGUAUUUAUUUCUUUGAUUUAUUUGGUAUUUAGUGUAAUUUCACAUUAG